UUGGCUCCGUCCUAUUGGGCAGGCGCAUCGUACGUGUCGUCAUCCCGCACCGGGCAAAAAAGGCGCAUGGUUAAUUCUCCGCUUUAUUUAGGGGCAAAAUCUCACUAAAACAUGUCGUCUUUGUACAAACCCUUUUCUGUUUCGGAAGGCCCGUGUAAAGAUGCGAUCUCGAAGCGAGGAUGCACAACGAAGCGACAGCAUCCGUUGACCCGGAUUCCCUCCGCGCAGUGUUUUGGGGCUGGCGGCGCGUGCUCGACGGGGACUUUUACCCCAAUUCCCAACAUUUAUCCAGGUCGAAGGAAUUUAGCGGCCGCUGCCAUCGGAGGGAGAAAAAUCACCCAUCCGGGGAAAGCUAUUCUUGCAGGUGGCAUUGCAGGCGGCAUUGAAAUCUGCAUCACCUUUCCAACGGAGUAUGUAAAGACGCAGCUUCAGCUCGACGAAAGAGCCAACCCGCCUCGCUACAGAGGCAUAGGAGACUGUGUUAAACUGACAGUGCAAGAUCAUGGGUUGAGAGGUCUGUACAGAGGUCUUAGCUCUCUGCUGUAUGGAUCCAUCCCGAAAUCAGCAGUACGAUUCGGCACAUUCGAGUUGCUUAGUAACCCCAUGAGAGAUGCCACGGGUCGCCUUGACAACAAAGCAAGUUUGAUUUGUGGGCUUGGAGCGGGAGUUACAGAGGCGGUUUUGGUGGUCUGUCCAAUGGAGACGGUCAAGGUUAAGUUCAUUCAUGACCAGUGCUCUUUGAGGCCACGCUACCGAGGGUUCUUUCACGGUGUUCGAGAAAUCAUCAGAGAUCAAGGUGUUCGAGGGACGUAUCAAGGACUGACUGCUACACUUCUGAAACAGGGUAGCAACCAGGCAAUACGCUUUUAUGUUAUGAACCUGUUGCGCAACUGGUACAAAGGUGAUGACCCAAAUCGUGACAUGCACCCGGUGGUUACAGCGUUGUUUGGUGCGACAGCCGGUGCGGCGAGCGUUUUCGGAAACACGCCGCUUGAUGUGGUGAAGACCAGGAUGCAGGGUUUGGAGGCCCAUCGCUACAAGAGCACAAUGGACUGCGCUUUUCAGAUUCUGAAAAACGAGGGUCCUCAGGCAUUCUACAAAGGCACAGUCCCGCGACUGGGUCGGGUUUGUCUGGACGUGGCCAUUGUCUUCGUUCUUUAUGAAGAAGUCGUGAAGCUACUGAACAAUGUCUGGAGGACAGACUGAGCAUGGACCUGAGCAUAAUCUGCACAGGACUGACUUUGACAGGGUGGACUAUCCAAACACAGUUGGUCACGUCAAUCUAGUUAAAAAGAUCCAGACUUUAACUGUAGCCUCUGGCUCAAAGGAACGGAUUAAACUAGCUGUCUGUGUCUGAAUAGUUCAGAAGAUGGGAAGGUGGGAGUCAAGGGCAGAAAGCUGUAGCUUUUUAUUGCGUUGCACAAAAAGAUUUCCGAGAAAUUCAAGGUCCUUCAUUUGCACUCUUCACUUGUAGAAAGUAAUGCAAGUAUCUUCUUGUCACCAUGCGUUUAUAAAGAUUUUCGUGAGAUGGUCCACUUCCGUGGCGCGAUGAACAUAAUAGCGAAACAAAGUACACAGAAAUUUCACUCAAAUGCACAUUUUGUCUUGGUUUUCAUGUAAAGUGCUCCACAUAAUUGCUUAAAAAAAUGUAAAUGUGAAUUUUGGAAUCAUUUAAAUAAAUCUAGAAUCGUA